AUGCCACGAGCUUUGACAGCAACCAGGGUCUUGGCCAGACACCUCGCCAGACCCUCUUUACAUGGGCCAAAACAUCUCAAGAGCAGCUACUCGCGCUUCCAAUCGUACAGUCAUGCCCGCCUGGGCACUAUUCUGAAGGUCUCAGAGGAGGUUGAAGACGCCAUAAAGACCAACAGACCGGUCGUGGCUCUUGAAUCGACCAUCUACACCCAUGGCGCCUUCGACGAGGACCUGGGGCUCGAGUCCAUCGUCCGCGAACACGGUGCUGUCCCCGCCGUCAUAGGCAUUAUCGAUGGUACCCCAACGGUUGGAAUGACGCCGGCCGAGAGAGACCGCAUCGUCUCUGAGGGUGCCAAAAAGGUGUCGCGCCGAGAUAUCGCAUACUUGGCUGGAAUGGGCAUUGCCGGCCGUCGUAUGCAUGGAGGUACCACUAUCGCAGGCACCAUGGUGCUAGCGAGACUCGCUGGCAUCAAGGUGUUCGGAACCGGAGGUCUCGGUGGCGUCCAUCGCGGCUGGGAGACCAGCAUGGACAUCUCUGCGGACCUCACCGAGCUUGGCAGGACCCGGGUCGCCGUCAUCUGCGCCGGGUCCAAGGGCUUCCUGGACAUCCCCACAACACUCGAGUACCUCGAGACGCAGGGAGUCCUCGUAUCGACAUUUGCCGAUGGCCGCACCGGCGAUGUCGACUUCCCCGCAUUCUGGGCGAGGGAGAGCGGUAUUAAGAGCCCCUCGACGGUGCAGAACGAAACCGAGGCCGCAGCUAUGAUUCUCGCCCAGGAGAGGCUUGAUAUAGAAUCUGGCAUUCUGUUUGCUAACCCAAUUCCCGCCGAGUACGCCAUCCCCAGAGAUGAAAUGGAGAAAGCCAUCAACCGUGCCGUUUCAGAGGCGGCAGAGCUGGGCUUCACCGGACAUCGUAACACCCCGUUCAUCCUCCAGAGGAUCCGGGAGUUGACAAAUGGAGCCAGUGUCCCAGCAAACCUUGCGCUUGUGCGGGUAAACGUUGUCCGAGCCGCCAAGAUCUCCGCGGAGCUCUCCCGACUCGAGACCGGGGGUUCCGCGCCUGCCUUUCAACCUAGCACAACCAGUGUGCCAGAUAUCCCGACUCAUCAGAGCCAGCCCAGAAUUGUGACGACAGAGGAGAAAAGUAAUGAGUCCAAGGUUGAUAUCCUGGUCGCGGGAUCUAUUGCACUUGAUCUCAGCUGUGACUUCUCUCCUGGCGUUAGCGGCAAGAACGGCGAGGUUGCGCCCAAGCAACACACAUCCAACCCAGCCUCGAUCACCCAAGCCGCCGGCGGUGUUGGAUUCAAUGUCUCGCUAGCCGCCCACCGCGUCGACCGCCAUACCACAACGCGGCUAUGCAGUGUGAUCGGCGAUGACGUUGCUGGUGCCACCCUUUUAUCUAUGAUGGAGUCCUCCGGAAUGGACACUGCGUUCAUCCGCCAGCUGGGCCGGGAAUACCACUCGGCCCGGACGGCGCAGUACGUGGCCGUCAACGACGCAGAGAAAAACCUCGUGCUUGCCAUGGCGGACAUGGACAUCCUCGCCAGCCACUCCUUCAAGAAGUACUGGCACUCCGCGAUUGCCGCAUCUCGCCCCAAUUGGCUGGUGGUCGACGCCAACUGGAGCGAGAACGACAUCCAUAACAUUUGGAUCUCGGCCGGCCGCGAGCAUGGGUGCAAGGUCGCGUUCGAGACCGUUAGUACCUACAAGUCGGCUAAGCUCUUCCCGCCGCCACCCGCCAGGCCCACGAGCGGGCCCAAGGGACACUCAGAGCUGCUGCACCCGACGCCGCUCGUCGACCUGGCCACACCGAACAGCUACGAGCUCUCGGCCAUAUACAACGCGGCCAAGGACAACGGCUACCUCGAAAACUCGGCGUGGUUCGGCAUUAUUGACUCUCUAGGUAUGACCGGGGCUCGGGACAGGUUUGUGAGGCUGGCAUCGACCGCCCUGACGGACGAGGGGAUCCCGCAAAUGAACACCCAGCUGCUGCCGUACAUCCCGACCAUCCUCACCAAGCUCGGGCCCAAGGGCGUGCUGCUGACCAUGCUGCUUGGACCCGACGACCCGCGGCUAAGCUCGGCCGAGGCGCAGCCUUACAUUCUGGCCAAGGCCACUGGGCAGCAUCCUCACGUUGGGGGCGUCUACAUGCGACUCUUCCCGGCGGUUGAGGAGGUCAAGGAUGUGGUUUCGGUGAACGGCGCUGGAGACACUUUCAUAGGCGUGCUCGUUGCCGGCCUGGCAAGGGGAGGUAAGGUGGAGGAGCUUGUAGAUGUUGCCCAGAGGGCAGCCGUCAUGACACUCCGUAGCCACCAGGCCGUCAGCGAGGAGCUGGGAAGGCUGGAGUCGGAGGUGGCGAACGCAGCUCAGCGAUGA